AUGAAACUUCUGUGGAUGUUUGUCAUAUUGAAGAUGGUGGAUGGAGGACAAAUGGUGGAAUUUGAUACUUCUGAUACCUCGGCAUUCUCCUCCUACAUCGACUGCGCACCUAAAUUUGCAACGUCCGACAAGAUUGAAUGUAAGUUCCAUUUGAGAAACAACGGCCAACAAGACUAUUCUGUGCUGAAAUGGCGUACGCCGCUGGAUGGACUGAGAUCGGAUUGCCUGUCAGUCACUUCCAAUGGCAUGAAGCUACGGUACGAUGGUAUCCAUAUAAAGUGCUCCGCCCCAGGCCCUGAUCAGUACUUGCUCGUCAAAUCCGGACAAACAGUGUCGUCCACCUUUGACGUUUCAGAUGCGUACGACAUGACUAAGGCUGGCCUGUACUCUAUAGCAGUGGACACUUAUUUAGAAUAUGUAAAGGGUAGUGUAACUGAAAAGGCAGUGCGCCAGACUAAGAUAGAACAUUUAUCGUCCCCUGUAUUAAGUUAUGAAAUUGAUGAAAAGAAUUUUAUAAAGGGAACCUCGGGUCAAAGGGCGCGCACUGAAGAAAGCGUGACCAAGGGUGCUUUGGAAGACCAUAUUUUUCACAGCAGAAGAGGUCAGGACCUGAAGGCAUCUCUUAAGUAUGUAAUAAAGGGAGGGUCCCCCGAUGUGAAAAGUGAAACAGAACAUGCUAUUGUAGCUGUGUACAGAAACAUUAAGUUAGCCAUUCAAGACCUUGAGAAUGAUCGCGGAAGAGCUAAAACUUGGUUUGGAUCUUCUCCUGCUGAUGAACCCAAGUGGGUUUUUGAAAAAAUGGAACGAGUAUUAUCAAAGGAUAAAAUUACUUACAUUAUUGAUGGAAGAGAAUGUGAAGAUGGGGACUAUGCUUAUGCUUACUUUGGAACUCGCAAAGUCUUCCUUUGCGAAUUGUACAACAGGGCCGACACACUGAUUGGGUAUGACACAAAGAUGGGGAUUAUAGUUCAUGAAUUGGGGCAUGCAGUGGCUCGUAGGGAUGAUCUAGCAUACGGCCAAAAUGCUUGUAGACGGCUCGCUAUAGAAAAUCCAAAAGACGCUUUAAAUAAUGCUGAGAAUUACGAAUAUUUUGUGGAAAGUGGAACAAUUCUGAGUCCAUAA